CCUUCUCUUGCCUCACCAACCAACAUCGUCCAACAUGUCCAGGCGAGCCACACCGUCCAAGGCAGGCGGCGGGGGAAAUCAAGCCAUCCCUUCCGAUGUAGUCAGCUCACUCUACUCGUCAUAUCGCCAAUCCACCCCGUUGAGGCACAAGAUCAUCGAUGCCUUCCUCGUCUUCAACAUGAUUGCUGGCAUCCUCAUCUUUGCCCAUGGCAUACUCGUCACCACAUUCCCCUUUGAUUCGUGGAUCGCUUCCUUCGCAUCCACGGCAGGACAAUUUGUCCUCCUGGCGGCGCUGAGGAUACAGACGACGCAGGCCAAUGCAGCUGAUUUCCCAAAGGUGACACAAGAGAGAGCAUUCGCAGACUUCCUAUUCGCCUCUGUCAUCUUGCAUUUCUUUGUCCUCAACUACUUACAAUAGAGAGCAGCAGCGGGUGAUCCCGCCGCGCUUUUGUCAUCCUGAUCGGCUCAUCGGAGGCUCAGCGAUCGUCGGCUCCUACUCUGUAAGGAUCGGCCUGGCUACGCGCGCUUUCUUGCUGCCCUUGCCCAGAUCGAGCUCACAGUGCUGCGGGAAUAGAUGGACAUAGGGCUCGCCGCUGAAUCAAAGAGCGGAAUCGUCUCCGAAAGACCCUUGCGCCCAUGAUGAUGGAGCGAGCAACAGCGAUCGAUGGCCGAGAAUGCUCCUCUUGUACCGGUCUAAAUGCAAUGGCACUCAGGCGAGUAGGCGCGCACCUGCGUCGAUCGAUGCGAUACCCC